AUGCCUUCGGCAGAAGCGGCAGACACACCACUUGCACGCAAGAACUUUCACAUCUUUGGCAACGGGAUUUCUUUUAGCAUUUCCCCCACCAUACAUAAUGCGGGCUUCAACCACCACUGUCUACCCUACCACUACGAUAUACGCGAGUCACCAUGUGUUGACGAUGUCGCUCACUUGAUCAAGCGUGAUGAGUUUGGUGGCGCGAGCGUCACUAUGCCACACAAGCUCCAAGCCCACAGGUAUUGCGACCAGCUGACGGAGACAGCUCGGGUAAUUGGAGCUGUGAAUACUCUGAUUCCCCGUGGAGAGGGUCCGGAUCGUAUCCUACUAGGAGACAAUACCGACUGGUCAGGAUUGUACAGCAUUAUCACCGACUAUCUCAAAGCUUCACAGGUGGCACCUUCAACAGCGUUGGUCAUCGGUGCUGGGGGCGCUUCUAGGGCCGCUAUCUAUGCUUUACACCGAGCCGGAUUUCAGACGAUAUACAUUGUCAACCGGACAAUGUCAGUUGCCAUCGACGUGCAAAGGUCUUUCGAGAAUCAUUUCGAGAUCACCGUUCUGCCCCACCUAGACAGCAUCCCGAAGCUACCAGUUGUUGUUAUAGGUACUGUACCGGCCGACAAGACGACCGAACAGCAGUUCUCAAGCAUAUUUGGUCUUGAGGGGCUAUGUAUAGACAUGGCUUACAAGCCAAGGCAAACGCCACUCCUGGCCGUGGCGCAGAGAUAUCCGCGAUGGAAGACUGUCACGGGGAUUGAGGUGCUGCUCGCCCAGGCUUUUGAUCAAUAUCAGUUAUGGACUGGUAGAGAAGCCCCGAAGGAAAUCAUGGUGGAUGCUGUACUAGGAAGGUUGUCGAAGGUUUGA